GCCGCGGUCGCCGCCAUGAUGGUGGCGGGCGGGGCGCCCCGCGGCGCCAUGUCGGAAGCGGGCGGGAGAGCGAGGGCGCGUGGAUGUUCUCGCGAGGCCUUGGCGCGGUGGGCGGGGCCUGGGUGCCACGUCUGGUCUGAGCCCGGCGCGUCUCUGGAAGCCGGGGCGAUGGCGAUGGGCGGCUGCAGCGGCGGAGGGCUCCGGGGGGCGACGGCGGCGCUGGCGGUGUGCGCGGCCUUGCUGUGUGCCGCCUCCGGCCAGCACGGGGACGCGCAUCACGGCCACUCCCACUCCCACGGAGGACACCACGGCCACAGCCACGAGCACAUCUGGCACGGCCCCGGAGACCCCGCCCACGAGGGGCCCCACAAGGACCACGCCCACUCCCACGAGGGGCUCCACGGCCACUCCCACGGAGGACACCAGGGACACGGCUGCCACGGCCACAGCCACGAGCACAUCUGGCACGGCCCCGGCCCCGGAGACCCCGCCCACGAGGAGAUCCACGGCCACGCCCACUCCCACGAGGACCACGCCCACCAGCCCCCGCACAGCCACGGGGGUCCCAGGCCCUCCGCCCCGCCCAGGAGGGAGAAGCUGGAGCCCUUCCGGCUGUGGAGCUACGCCCUCGGGGCGACCCUCCUGAUCAGCGCCGCCCCCUACUUCAUCCUCUUCCUGAUCCCCGUGGAGUCCAACAGCCCCCAGCACCAGGCCCUGCUCAAGCUGCUGCUCAGCUUCGCCUCGGGGGGCCUCCUGGGGGACGCCUUCCUGCACCUCAUCCCCCACGCCCUGGAGUCCCACGCUCCUCACGGAGAAGGAGGCAGUGGCGGCCACGGCCAUUCCCACACCAAGCCUUCCGGCCACGGCCACUCCCACCAAGGCCCCGAGCACCAGCACACAAUGGCCGUCGGCCUUUGGGUCCUGAGUGGCCUCGUGGCCUUCUUGGUGGUGGAGAAGUUCGUCCGACACGUCAAAGGGGGACACGGCCACACUCACGCUCACGCUGCCAAGGCCAAGAGCAGCGAUGACGAAGGGGAGAAGGAAGAGGUCCGAGGGCCGGCAGGGAAAGCAGCCGCCCCCCCUGCCAGGAAGGCAGAGGCACCUCCAGAGUCUGCCAUGCGUGUGGCCGGCUACCUCAACCUGGCUGCUGACUUCGCCCACAACUUCACGGACGGGCUGGCCUUGGGCGCCUCCUUCGUGGCGGGCAGCACCGUGGGCGCCAUCACCACCCUCACCGUGCUGCUCCACGAGGUGCCCCAUGAAGUGGGCGACUUCGCCAUCCUCGUCCAGUCUGGCUGCACGAAGCGGAAGGCCAUGAAGCUGCAGCUGGUGACGGCCCUGGGGGCGCUGGCGGGCACAGUCUGCUCCCUGCUGGCGGAGGGCGUGGGCGAGGUGGCCACUGCCUGGAUCCUGCCCUUCACGGCCGGCGGCUUCAUCUACGUGGCCACCGUCUCCGUGAUCCCAGAGCUCCUGCAGGAGGCGGGACCGGUCCAGUCCUUGCUGGAGGUGCUGAGCCUGCUGGGCGGCGUAGUCAUGAUGGUCUUCAUCGCCCAAUACGAGUAGAGAGGACGAGGCGGAGAUUUGGCGUCGGGCGAGGGGGGUCAGCAAGGCCGCUGGAAGGAGCCGCCCCUGCCCGCGUGGGUGCCCCCCCGCCCCCUCCCCCCACGCUGCUCCAGAGGACUCCACGGAAGGCCCCGGCUGUUCCUGUCUUCCAGGGCAAGGACGGGAGCAGGAAACGGGUCUGGCCAUCCAGGGGACCAACUUGUCUGUCCCACGGGGCACCCUGGGAACCGGUGCACCUGUACUGUUUGUGUAUGUGUGUGUGUAUGUGUGUGAGUGAGAGAAGGCGGAUGACAGCGAGUUGUGCACUUCCUUGCAAUUUCUAACCCCCCCCCCCCCACAAGCUUUCUGCUGGACGGUGCAGACCCAGAUCGCAUUUCCUGCCCUCUGUCUCUUCCUCCCCACGCCUGGCCUGCUGAGGGAAGAGGGGCAGAGGGGUGGGGGUUGCGGGGGGGGGGACAAACAAAAAUCAUGCUUUCAGAGGAGCCAGAUGGCGUCCAGGUGUUGGUGUGUGAGUGUGAGCGAGAGUGAGAGAGAAGGUUCCGGUAUACAUUUCUUUCGUAUCUCCUUUUUUAUAUGACGGGUGGGGUGAGUGGUGGGAUGGGCGAAGGGCUGCCCCCUGGAAGGCUGCCAAGGGCUCCCGGCCUCUUAUCUAAGGAGACGUGGCCGUCCACCCGGCUUCUGUUUCCGGGAGGGAGGGAGGAGGAGGAGCCAGGAAAGGGAGGAGGAACUCCUUCAAUAAAGACGUCCAGACUCCA